GCAGCCGAGCAGCCAAGUUCGAGUCCGGGACAGAGCGCCCAAGACAGGGCAGAAGCGAAAAAGAGCCAAGAAAAAGAGCCGCGAAAUAGAGCCAAGAACCAAGAACAAGUCGAAGCGAAGUGAAGCGAGAUUAAUGGAUUUAAUCGCGAUGAAAGCGCGAAAUUUUUCUGCAAACUUGUGAUAAGCGGCAGCGAUAACCGGCGGAUAAAUUGAGGCUCAUUAGGGCUGCUCCCACCACCACCAGAGCAGUCGCUGUGCAAAAAAUACCUAUAAAAGCGCCACACUGUCCAGUCAACGAGCACAGUCAGUCACAGGCAAAGUCAGUCAGUUCAAGAUUCUUGCAAGCAAUUCAGUCCGACAACUAAAAUAAAAUGAAUAUCCAGAAGAGAAUUCUGCUGCUCCUGGGGGCUGUGCUGUUUGCGCAGAGCAUCUCGGCCAGGAGUGCCGCACCUGUCUUCGGCCAGCCCCUGUGGCAGUUCCAGUUCCCGGAGAAGUCGCCGAGUAACCAGGACGAUCCCAGCGAGGCCCCGGAGCCACGACUCAUUGGCGCUGUGGAUGUGGGCUACGAGGAUGAUUUGGUGGCUGAUCAGCAGCUGCAACAGCUGCUUCUGCUGUCGUCCGGCCUGAGUCCGGCCCAGCUGCUGCAGCGCUAUCAGCCCCGGCAUCAGGGCCAGGAUGGCAAUGCACGUCACUUCUAUCCCGGCAAAAAUGGCAACGGCGGCGGCGGCAGCACCACCAUCCUGAUUUUAGGACAAGGACUUCCCAACAUCACGACCACCACCACCACCACCAACAACAACAACCUGACCAGCGCUACACCGGCCACUACUACCACGGGGGGCACCCGCCUUGGCGAGUACAUUCGCAGCCCGAUCGCCUAUCCGGGCGGCUUGCCCAUGCAGUACUUCCGCACACGCCAGGACGAGGCGUCCCCGCUGCCAUACGCCGGCCUGUACGGCUGGAACGAGGCAGCUCUCUAUGGGGCAGCGUUGGACGGACGUUUGGGCGGCGGCUUGGACGGCGGAUUGGCUGGCGGCUUCAGCGGUUUGCCUGCUGGCUUCGGUGGCUCGGCAUUCGCCGGUGGUGUGCCCCUGGUGCCCGUCACCAUUGGCAACGAGGUUCGCUACGUGCCGCUCAAUCUGCGCAUGUUCCGACAGCUGGCCAGCAUGCCGUUGCCCAUGCCCAUCAGAGAGAGCGACGAGGAGCGCCCCAACGACGAGGAUCUGGCCGCGACAAUUGCUGACGACUCGGAGCCCGAGCAGCCCAUUGAGACGCUCACCAAUGGCGCUGCCGAAGGAACCCCACAGGUGACCCGGCUGGGUCAGCGGCUGAGGCAGCGUCCCAUGAUGAGGAGGAACCCGCUGCAGAGCUUUGCCCAGAACAUCCGUCGAGUGCAGUACCUUUGAGGCGGAACUCGGUACUCGGAACAAUGUCCCCCCCCCCCCUACGAGAUCAACGAAAUGGCAAUGACUUCUACUAUCUAAGAACAUUUUUUUUUUAUAUAAAUUUACAGCAAUUGCAAGAGAAUA